AUGUUUAGGGUGGAGUGUCGACCUCACAGCAAGCCACUUUUACGAAUUCGCCCUUUGGUCUCCCAGCUGAAAACCCGUCGCUCUUGUCGCUGCUGCUGCUGCAGGUUGUCCCUUGACGUGAAGACUCCGAUUGAUUUCUUGCCUGGAGGUCGCAAAGUGCCUUCACCCCAGCCGUUGUCGUCUUUUCCUCGAAGAACACCAAGCACCGCAUCAAAAAUGGAUGACAAAAAUACACCCAGCAUGUCUGCGACAAAGAUCUUGGAAGAAAUGGUAUUGACAAAUGGGUGGAUGUCUGAAGACGAAGCGCAGAAGGCGACAAGUGAAGAUUUGGCGAAGUGUGUGAAGAGUGGGAUCGAGCGGCUCCAGGAGGAAGAACAGAAGCGAAGUGACGAAUUCAUGCGUGCAAACUAUGAUCGAUUCAAUGCUCUUGCCAAUGCACGUUUCGCGAAGAAGCUUUCAGUUCAUUUUUACGAAGAAGUCUGUGCGACAGCAUCAAAUCCGGAGAGAAUCCUGCCCCCUCCAGGUAUCGAUUGCACGAGCAACGCACGGGCUGGUAAUUCCGUGCCAUGGACCCCACCAGCCGAAUGGAAGCAUCUUUUCGAAAACCUCAAGCCUUAG